UCUUAGAAAGAAUGAUACAGGUUUCAGGUUUGGGGAUUUGUGUAAGACUAUUCAGGGAGAGUCCUUGGAUCUGGGACUAAUCUUCAGUUAUAGGAUUGUACUUUUGUUCUCCUUGUUUAUUGAUGAAGCUGGGUUUCUGCACAGGACCCUCUGCAGAAUUUUCAUUCAACAUGUUUGGUUGUUUAAAGAAUCUGUAUUUCUUGCAUGCUGGUUGCAAAGUUCAAUAAUUUUUGCAGAGCUGUAAGCAUGUAGGUGUGGUUUGGUGUUGGUUUGAUGGGAGUAUGACAACUUCUUUUCACACUUUGAACUAUCCUUUCCACAGAUUAGGGUUUAUAAAUACACAUAGCACCGUCUACAAGACAAGGUCGAAUCAGUGUUUAGCUGCUCUAUCCCCAUUUCUCUUACACACUGAAGGUGGGAAGUUUCUGAAGUAUGAAACGAAUUCUGGUUUGAUUACUGCUUGUAGGGGUAUACCAAAUACAGUUGGGAUACUUGGAGGGGUGUCUGUUGAUUCUGCUGUAUACUUUUUGAAAAAACUAGUUCACUGGAGUAAGAAUAAAGAAAGUUGCCCUCCUUUUGUUAUGUGCUGUGAUCCUGUGUUAAAUAAAGAGUUGUCAUUGAUAGAGAGAAGCUCCUUUCCUUUGGUUGACUAUAAAAGUGAACGAACUAAACUGAAUCCUACUUCAGUUGUGGAGAAUCUGAGGAAUAAGAGGAUUUAUCUUGAAAAUUCUGGAGCUUGUUGCAUAGUAAUGCCUUGUCAUAUUUCACAUUCUUGGCAUAAUGAAAUCUCUGAUGGUUGUUCUGUUCCUUUCCUCCAUAUGGGCGAGUGUGUUGUGAAAGAGCUCAAGGAAGCGAAGUUGAAGCCACUUGAAGCUGGGAGUCCAUUGCGGAUUUUGACAGCAGGAUUCUAUCAGGAGAAACUAAAAAGCGAGGGAUUUGAGGUUGUGUUGCCAGAUAAAGCGACCAUGGAACACACUGUCAUCCCUGCUAUUGAAGCUUUGAACAGAAAAGAUAUAGAGGGGUCGCAGAAUCUUUUGAGGAUUGCACUCCAGGUUCUUCUGGUGAGGGCUGUGAACUCUGUAAUUCUGGCCUCUGAUGAAAUGCGGGAUCUUCUUCCCCAGGAUGAUUCUCUUCUUAUUAAAUGCAUUGACCCUAUGGAUGCAUUGGCCUCGUCAACCAUAAAAUUGGCUACAUCUGCUGCAAAAGUGUGGUAUUUCAGGUCUCAAAUUGGCAGAGAACACUAGUCAGACCGUGAACUUAUUCUGAAUGAGAUGAAAAUGCAAUACUCAGAGUGGAGACGUAAACUUUUGAAAACAAUUCUUUAGGGGUACUUGAGUCUUGC